GGCGGGGGCUGUGCCGCCCGCUCUCCUCUCCCUCGGCGCCGCCGCCGCCGCCGCCGCCGCCCGCGGGGCUGGGACCCGAUGCGGUUAGAGCCGCGGAGCCUCGAGGAGCCCCAAGCGAAACUGCCUGGAAAUUUCCUCUCCUGGGGAAGUCUUAAUAAUUGCAGAGUUCUUCAUAGAGUCAGCAGAGAUGAGGGUGAUGGAGCGAGCAGUGAUGUGAAACCAAAGCAAAACCCUCAGAUUUCUGCUUUGGGACAGCCACGCAUCUAAUCCUUAAAGUACUUUUAUAUGUAAAAACUUGUAAAGGAUAAGAACAAUGCCUCCAAGACCAUCAUCAGGUGAACUGUGGGGCAUCCACUUGAUGCCCCCAAGAAUCCUAGUAGAAUGUUUACUACCAAAUGGGAUGAUAGUGACUUUAGAAUGCCUCCGUGAGGCUACAUUAAUAACUAUAAAGCAUGAACUAUUUAAAGAAGCGAGAAAAUACCCUCUCCAUCAACUUCUUCAAGAUGAAUCUUCUUACAUUUUCGUAAGUGUUACCCAAGAAGCAGAAAGGGAAGAAUUUUUUGAUGAAACAAGACGACUUUGUGACCUUCGGCUUUUUCAACCCUUUUUAAAAGUAAUUGAACCAGUAGGCAACCGUGAAGAAAAGAUCCUCAAUCGAGAAAUUGGUUUUGCUAUCGGCAUGCCAGUGUGUGAAUUCGAUAUGGUUAAAGAUCCAGAAGUACAGGACUUCCGAAGAAAUAUUCUCAAUGUUUGUAAAGAAGCUGUGGAUCUUAGGGAUCUCAAUUCACCGCAUAGUAGAGCAAUGUAUGUCUAUCCUCCAAAUGUAGAAUCUUCACCAGAACUGCCAAAGCACAUAUAUAAUAAAUUGGAUAAAGGGCAAAUAAUAGUGGUGAUUUGGGUAAUAGUUUCUCCAAAUAAUGACAAGCAGAAGUAUACUCUGAAAAUCAACCAUGACUGUGUGCCAGAACAAGUAAUUGCUGAAGCAAUCAGGAAAAAAACUCGAAGUAUGUUGCUAUCAUCUGAACAACUAAAACUCUGUGUUUUAGAAUAUCAGGGCAAGUAUAUUUUAAAAGUGUGUGGAUGUGACGAAUACUUCCUAGAAAAAUAUCCUCUGAGUCAGUAUAAGUAUAUAAGAAGCUGUAUAAUGCUUGGGAGGAUGCCCAAUUUGAUGCUAAUGGCUAAAGAAAGCCUCUACUCUCAACUGCCAAUGGACUGUUUUACAAUGCCAUCUUAUUCCAGACGCAUCUCCACAGCUACACCAUAUAUGAAUGGAGAAACAUCUACAAAAUCCCUUUGGGUUAUAAAUAGUGCACUUAGAAUAAAAAUUCUUUGUGCAACCUAUGUAAAUGUAAAUAUUCGAGACAUUGACAAGAUCUAUGUUCGAACAGGUAUCUACCAUGGAGGAGAACCCUUAUGUGAUAAUGUGAACACUCAAAGAGUACCUUGUUCCAAUCCCAGGUGGAAUGAAUGGCUGAAUUACGAUAUAUACAUUCCUGAUCUUCCUCGUGCUGCUCGACUUUGCCUUUCUAUUUGUUCUGUUAAAGGCCGAAAGGGUGCUAAAGAGGAACACUGUCCAUUGGCCUGGGGAAAUAUAAACUUGUUUGAUUACACAGAUACUCUAGUAUCUGGAAAAAUGGCUUUGAAUCUUUGGCCAGUACCUCAUGGACUAGAAGAUUUGCUGAACCCUAUUGGUGUUACUGGAUCAAAUCCAAAUAAAGAAACUCCAUGUUUAGAGUUGGAGUUUGACUGGUUCAGCAGUGUGGUAAAGUUUCCAGAUAUGUCAGUGAUUGAAGAGCAUGCCAAUUGGUCUGUAUCCCGAGAAGCAGGAUUUAGUUAUUCCCAUGCAGGACUGAGUAACAGACUAGCUAGAGAUAAUGAAUUAAGAGAAAAUGAUAAAGAACAGCUCCGAGCAAUUUGUACACGAGAUCCUCUAUCUGAAAUCACUGAGCAAGAGAAAGAUUUUCUGUGGAGCCACAGACACUAUUGUGUAACUAUCCCUGAAAUUCUACCCAAAUUGCUUCUGUCUGUUAAAUGGAAUUCUAGAGCUGAAGUAGCUCAGAUGUACUGCUUGUAAAAGAUUGGCCUCAAUCAAACUGAACAGGCUAUGGAGCUUCUGGACUAAUACCCAGAUCCUAUGGUUCGAGGGUUUUGCUUCGCAUGCUUAGAAAAAUAUUUAACAGAGGACAAACUUUCUCAGUACCUAAUUCAGCUAGUACAGGUCCUAAAAUGACAGUAUUUGGAUAACCUACUUGUGAGGUUUUUACUCAAAAAAGCAUUGACUAAUCAAAGGAUUGGGCACUUUUUCUUUUGGCAUUUAAAAUCUGAGAUGCACAAUAAAACAGUUAGUCAGAGGUUUGGCCUGCUUUUGGAGUCCUAUUGCCGUGCAUGUGGGAUGUAUUUGAAGCACCUGAAUAGGCAGGUUGAGGCUAUGGAAAAGCUCAUUAACUUAACUGACAUUCUCAAACAAGAGAAGAAGGAUGAAACACAAAAGGUACAGAUGAAAUUUUUAGUUGAGCAAAUGCGGCGACCAGAUUUCAUGGAUGCUCUACAGGGCUUUCUAUCGCCUCUAAACCCUGCUCAUCAGCUGGGAAAUCUCAGGCUUGAAGAGUGUCGAAUUAUGUCCUCUGCAAAAAGGCCACUGUGGUUGAAUUGGGAGAACCCAGACAUCAUGUCAGAAUUACUCUUUCAGAACAAUGAGAUCAUCUUUAAAAAUGGGGAUGAUUUACGGCAAGAUAUGCUAACACUUCAGAUUAUUCGCAUUAUGGAAAAUAUCUGGCAAAAUCAAGGUCUUGAUCUUCGAAUGUUACCUUAUGGUUGUCUGUCCAUUGGUGACUGUGUGGGACUUAUUGAGGUGGUGAGAAAUUCUCACACUAUUAUGCAAAUUCAGUGUAAAGGAGGCCUGAAAGGUGCCCUGCAGUUCAACAGCCACACACUACAUCAGUGGCUCAAAGACAAGAACAAGGGAGAAAUAUACGAUGCAGCCAUCGAUCUAUUUACACGUUCAUGUGCUGGAUAUUGUGUUGCUACCUUCAUUUUGGGAAUUGGAGAUCGUCACAAUAGUAACAUCAUGGUUAAAGAUGAUGGACAACUGUUUCAUAUAGAUUUUGGACACUUUUUGGAUCACAAGAAGAAAAAAUUUGGUUAUAAACGAGAGCGUGUGCCAUUUGUUUUGACACAAGAUUUCUUAAUAGUGAUUAGUAAAGGAGCCCAAGAAUGCACAAAGACAAGAGAAUUUGAGAGGUUUCAGGAGAUGUGUUACAAGGCUUAUCUAGCUAUUCGGCAGCAUGCCAAUCUCUUCAUAAAUCUUUUCUCAAUGAUGCUUGGCUCUGGAAUGCCAGAACUACAAUCUUUUGAUGAUAUUGCAUACAUUCGAAAGACCCUAGCUUUAGAUAAAACUGAGCAGGAGGCUUUGGAAUAUUUCAUGAAACAAAUGAAUGAUGCACACCAUGGUGGCUGGACGACAAAAAUGGAUUGGAUCUUCCACACAAUUAAGCAGCAUGCUUUGAACUGAAAUGAUUAAGAAACUGAGAGCUCAGUAUCUGGAUUCUAUACUGCACUGUUAAUAACUGUCAACAGGCAAAGACUGAUUGCAUAGGAAUUGCACAAUCCAUGAACAGCAUUAGAAUUUACAACAGGAACAGAAAUAAAAUACUAUAUAAUUUAAAUAAUGUAAACGCAAACAGGGUUCGAUAGCACUAAACUAGUUCAUUUCAAAAUUAAGCUUUAGAAUAAUGCGCAAUUUCAUGUUAUGCCUUAAGUCCAAAAAAGGUAAACUUUAAAGAUUGUUUGUAUCUUUUUUUAAAAAACAAAACAAAACAAAAAAAAACCCAAAAUAUAUAGAAAUGAUGGAGAAGGAAAAAGAAUGAUGUUCUUUUUUUGUCUUGCAAAUGUUUUAUGUUUUGAAAUGUGGACACAACAAAAUCUAUUAUUGCAUUAGGUCCAAGUAAACUGGAGUUUGAUGUUAAAUUACACUGAGAUUGGAAAAUAAUGAAAAUUUUUAUUUUUCCAUUGCUGUUCAACUUAUAGUUUGAAGUGGGUUUUUGACUCCUUGUUUGAUGAAGAAAAAUGCUUGGGGUGUAAGGGACUCUUGAGAUUUCAUCAGAGACUUUUCCUUUUUAAUAAAUCAAACCUUUUGAUGAUUUGGGGUCUUAUCUGCAAAGUUUGGGAAGCAGUCACAAAUGAGACCUGUUAUAUAAGGUGGUGUUUUGGGGUUUUUCUUCUGGACAGUAUUUACAAGAAUCUGAUUCUUAUUUCCCAGGGAAAUUCUGGGCUCCCACAAAGUAAAUAAUCAUCAUAGAGAAAGAACGAGCAGGAAUAAUUCUUGCUCCAGAAUUGUACAGUAUUCACCUUAGAUUGAUUUUUUUUCUCCUUUUGCAAUGAAUUGAAUACAUUUUUCAUGCAUGUGUUCCAGAAAAUAGAAGUGAGUAUUAAUGUUAUUAAAAAGAUUAUUUUUUUUAUUAAAGGCUAUUUAUAUUAUAGAAACUAUCAUUAAUAUAUAUAUUCUUUAUUUACAUGAUCUGUCCCAUAGUCAUGCAUUGUUUUGCACCCCAAAUUUUUUAUCGUUUGUAGCAGCAUGGUCAGCUUUUCUCUUGAUCUGUGGGUGAGGCUCAGGCACUAUCCCAUUUAUACCAAUGACUAGUGUAUAACUACUUAAGGAAAACAGAUGAAAGUUCAUCCUCUUUCCUUUUAUUUCUUCUGUUUCACUUGAAUCCCCCAUCUUCCAUCCUCUCUUAUAGUUGAGAAUGCCUCAACCAUAUGAAAUUGGUUACCAAAAUUAACACAAUUUAGACUAUCUUCCUGAUUGCUUAACCCCUCUACCAAGGUAUGUUCAUGAAUAAUACUUUAUAAUAGGGGGAAUAGAAACCAUGAACUUUUUACCUUUUUAGGCUAUUUAUUCAAUAUCUCCAUAAUAAAAUUAGGGCCUUAAACCAUUUUAAGAUCAUGUCCCAUUUCCGAGUUGUCAGGGCUCACUCUCCAACUUUAUUAAAUUGCAUUUGAGCACAGGAUACAUUCUUAAACACUUUGAAAAACAUUAACCCAAGAUGUAGGGGCUAAGGCUAGUUAUCACUCUACAAUCUGAUAUUUUACUCAGUAAUUGAAAUGAAUGAUUAAUGCCCUAGGACAUAGCUUUAGCAAAUGUCCAGGUGCCACACCAGAAAAAGUGCAAUAAUUUACUGACAGUUUUCUAGACUAGGCAUAUUAUUGGAGUACAACUUUAUGAAGAGUGCACAUUUUAUACAGCAUCACUUAAAAAAUAUUCAUUUAUGAAAUCAGUUACCUAUAGUAGAAGUCUUGAAUAGUGAACGGGACUCUAAUACAAAUACUCUUAAUAAUUUGACUAUUUUAGAACCCUUAAGGGCAUAAUUAUUGGAGAUUUAGGUACCUCACUAAGCAUGUACAUAAUAUUGCCAACAAGAAAAAUAAAUUUGGGAACUUAUUUAGGGAAACUUACUUCCCUAAACUGUCUUAGAAUAGUUAGAAGAAUUUAACUUUGUUUUAAGCAGGAGACCAGAUAGAUUCUUUUGCAGAUAUAGAUUUCAUAACAUUAAAAUUUCAUGAUUAACAAUUUGUGUCUUUUAGAUUUAUUCAGUUAAUACAUACUAACAUCCCAGUAUUUUCUGUAUCAGGGAUUAAUUACAGGAAACUCAGUGAAAUGGUACAAAAUCUGAAGCUUUGAUGGUGGAAACUGAAGUUUUUAACAGAGAACUGUGUUUUACUGAGUGCCAAAAAAGCUUUGAGCUUCCUUGCACAAAGUUUAUACAAUUUUUGCAUUUUUCACAUCAGUCCAGAUAGUCCCCCUUGCCCUAGGACCUCUCCACCAUUAAAACACAAGCCACAUAACUUAUUUUAUCAUUUAUGUUUAUUUUUAAGUUAUUACAACCAAAUUAAUUCCAUUUGAAGAAAUGUAGACAAAUUCUAUAAAGAAUAUACAUUAAAUGAACUAGCUAAAUGCAAAGUACAUUUCAAACAAAUCCAAGCAGAGUUUUAUGUAAACAACCUUAAAAUAAGGGAAAAGGGAUAGGUAGUACUCAGAAGGCAAGGAACCAGAAAUUGAAUUAAAUGCUACAGGGGGUGACUAGGAUAUGUUUCAAGUCAGUGAUAAUAUAGCUACUUCCAGGUACUUCAGUAUCAGAGAUCAGUUCCAGUUGGUCAGUUCCUGUGGCUGACCAUCCUUGUCAUUGAAUGUGGUAUAACUGAGUAUUGGCUCAACAAUUUCAUCUGGUCACUUGAGCAAUAUUUCCUUCAAUGACUAUUUUGGAGAAAAGAAGAAAAGCAGGUUUAAAGAAAAUAAAACCUAAUUUAAACACAUUCUAGCAAGGAAAUAAUCAAACUAUUUGAAAAUCAUGCUUUAACUUUUUAUCAUUCUCAGCUAUAUAAAAUCAUUUAUUUUGAAGAUUUUUAGAAUGCUGUUAAUUUAAAGUCUGUUACUCAUAUUGUGGAAUUUGGUUUUUUAAAAAGAUGUUUCUAAUUGGGUUUUUUAAAGAAGAAUGGAAUUUGGUCACUAUUUUACGAUAGAACCUAAGCUUUUUGUUGGUUCUUAGUGUCCUCUGUAAAACUUAGUGUCAAAGUAAUCAACUUUGAGGUUUUCCCUUCUAAUCUGCUUUAUAUUACAAGCCCUUUAGGAAAUGGGAACCUGGUGAAUAUACAAUGACUUGUAAAAUAUUUUAAUGUGUAACUUUUUCAACUGUGAAACUAUGACUAUUGGUUUUUUGAAGAAAACAGCUGCUGAUAAA